UCCACCACCUCCACCGCCACCACCACCACCGCCUCCUCCUCCACCACCGCCACCUCCACCGCCUCCACCGCCACCACCACCACCGCCACCAUCAUCAUCCCCUCCACCACCACCACCUCCACCUCCUCCACCACCACCACCUCCACCACCUCCACCGCCACCACCUCCACCGCCUCCACCGCCACCAUCAUCAUCGCUUCCACCUCCACCACCUCCUCCACCGCCUCCUCCACCACCACCUCCACCUCCGCCACCUCCACCGCCUCCUCCUCCACCACCCCCUCCGCCACCAUCGUCAUCACCUCCACCACCUCCACCACCGCCUCCACCACCACCACCUCCACCGCCUCCUCCACCACCACCUCCACCUCCACCGCCUCCACCACCUCCUCCUCCUCCGCCUCCACCAUCGUCAUCACCUCCACCACCUCCACCACCGCCUCCACCACCACCGCCUCCACCACCACCGCCUCCGCCUCCUCCUCCACCGCCGCCUCCUCCACCACCACCAUCAUCAUCGCCGUCACCUCCGCCUCCUCCUCCACCUCCACCACCACCAUCGCCACCACCUCCACCACCGCCUCCACCACCACCACCACCACCUCCUCCUCCACCUCCACCACCUCCACCGCCACUAUCGUCAUCACCUCCACCACUGCCUCCACCACCACCGCCACCACCUCCUCCUCCACCGCCACCUCCACCGCCGCUUCCGCCGCCUCCUCCACCACCACCAUCAUCAUCGCCGCCACCUCCGCCUCCUCCUCCUCCACCACCGCCACCAUCAUCAUGGCCUCCACCUCCACCGCCUCCACCACCACCACCUCCACCGCCUCCGCCUCCACCACCACCGCCUCCGCCUCCACCAUCGCCGUCACCUCCGCCUCCUCCUCCACCUCCACCGCCACCAUCGUCAUCACCUCCACCACCUCCACCACCGCCUCCACCACCACCACCUCCUCCUCCUCCACCGCCACCACCUCCUCCACCGCCACCUCCACCGCCGCCUCCACCGCCUCCUCCACCACCACCAUCAUCAUCGCCGCCACCUCCGCCUCCUCCUCCUCCACCUCCGCCACCAUCAUCAUCGCCUCCACCUCCACCGCCUCCACCACCGCCACCUCCACCGCCUCCGCCUCCACCACCACCGCCUCCGCCUCCACCAUCGUCAUCACCUCCACCACCUCCACCACCGCCUCCACCACCACCGCCUCCGCCUCCUCCUCCACCGCCGCCUCCUCCACCACCACCAUCAUCAUCGCCGUCACCUCCGCCUCCUCCUCCACCUCCACCGCCACCAUCGUCAUCACCUCCACCACCUCCACCACUGCCUCCACCACCACCACCUCCUCCUCCUCCACCACCGCCACCACCACCUCCACCACCACCACCACCUCCUCCACCACCACCAUCAUCAUCGCCUCCACCUCCACCACCUCCACCUCCACCACCGCCGCCUCCACCUCCACCACCGCCUCCUCCACCACCACCGCCGCCACCACCGCUGCCGCCGCCACCACCGCCGCCACCACCACCACCACCGCCCCCAUGUACACAGUAGUGGAACUUCGUCGGAUCCUCGUCGUGGGGUAG